UGGCCGCCUAGACUCAAUAUGGCCUGCCUAAUACGGACUUCCUAAUACGACCUCAUCUCACCAUUUUACACGCAGAAACGUCGACAACACGCAUUUCCGCGAAACUUCUAAACUCACUUAUCUCCAAACCCGCACCAACAAUGUCGUCUUCAUCAAUCACCACUUCCAUCCCCACGGGGCCUAUCCCAGAAUGGUGUCUCGUAGCCCAAUCCGGGCAUAGAUCACGACUCUUCACGUGUCCAAGACCGUACCGGGACGGCGGCAGUUCCGCCAAGUCAACGGACUUCACCAGCAUAUGCUGCGACGGCGUCAUCGUCGACACCUCUUUCGACCUAUACUCCUCAUCCAAUUUAACCACCGGGCUCCUCCCAUACUCCAUCCCAAACAGCAACAGCACCAUCCCAGUAGACCUCUCAAACCUCAUCUGUUGUCCCAUCUCAGGCGUGCAAUCAGAAGCGCUAAACCCCACCCCAGCCUCCAGCGCAAGAACCACCUGCGCGCCCGGCACACCGGCAAUCCCGCUAGCCAGUCUCGCCGCGACGAACGCUUCGGACGCGAGUGUGUACCCGGUCACGUACGCCAGCAUUACCCCGAGCGCGGACCCGUCGGCCACGGUGACGAAUGAUUUAUGGGGCUGGGCGACCCCGACGUACGGCGCUUCCGGGUCGCCGGUGUGUUUCUGGGCUAACACGGCGAGCGGGGUGAGUGUGGCGGAAGUCACGGUGCCGGUGUCGUACGUGGCGUCGGCUACGACGUCGGGUGCGGUUACUGGGACCGGUUCGAGUGCGACGGCGUCGCCGAGUAGUGCUGCGGCGGCAUUGAGGGUGGCGUGGGGGCGCGGCGGGUUGGUUGGGGUGUUGGGGUUGGGUUUACUUCUUUCGGCUGGUUGGUUUUAGGUAGGAGUUAGUGGCAGUACUAUGGUAGUUAUGUGUAGCAAUGUGGGCGAUAAUGCAACUAGAAAACCAUUGUUAAUACAACGUUAACACCCUCCAGGAGUGUCGCGGUCUUGAAAC